AUGAUGCCUCUCGCACCGACUCCUGUGGUGGCGGUGCCAUCUAAGCCGAAGAUCGGAUUUAGUAUAGACAGUAUAGUGGGUGGUUCUGAGAGACCGAAGCAGGCGUCACCUCCGUUGGCGAGUCCAGGGUCGCCCUCCCCUGUGGCGUCCCCUCGAAGUCCUUCCCCCAGACCCUUGUUACGACCGAGUGCGUUACCAGCGGUGUUUCCAACUCCUGAACUGAAGAGGCUACCAUAUCUCGAUGCUCAGAGCCACCACCACCAGUUCCUGGCUCACUUCCAAGGGGCAGCACUGGCGGCUGCGCUUGCACAUCAGCAGCAAGGCUUUGGAGCUCCCCUACCUCCCCAUCCACCCCCUCAUCCUGCUGCACCAGUACCGAGAGAGUCGUACCAGCUCUACCCCUGGCUUAUCAACAGACAUGGACGAAUAUUUCCACACCGGUUUCCAGGAGGUAGGUGUUUAGUUACAUACUUACUGAAAGUUAUAUCUGUUGAAUUUGAUGAGAAACUUAACAGAUUAAGUAACUGUGCUAUUAGAGCUUUUAUAUUACCGUCGCUACUG